ACCAUUUGAUAGUUAUCUCAGAACAGCUCGAUUAGGAAGCGUCUCAGUCCAUAUUCACAUAAACACAUCUCUGUUCAUCCUCCUCCCGAAUGGAGUCUCGCUCUGCGGCCGCGAGUGCCAAUGGAGUGACUGCGCCGCGUCGCGUCAUGGACGAGCAGACCCGCCAACGAAGACAGCGUCGCCAGCUGGAGACGCUCGAGAGCGACAACUUCCAAGACCAGCCGCACUUGCUGCAGGACGAGGCGCCGACCGCGGCCGCACUCGCCGCCAAGGCCGCCCUCGCCGGCGACGAUGCCAAUGCAACACAAAACAAGAGACGGCGGAAAGGCUUGCACAAGUUCCGACCUCGCAAAGCGUUUGCUGUUCUGCUUGAAGAAUCGGGAAUACUACAGCAACAGGACGGAGACGUCCCGACGUAUGUAUCAGCCGCAGCGCCUCCAUCACAGUUGCCCGACCGCAAAAUUUGCGCCGUCUGCGGCUUUCACGCAUGUUACUCGUGCGUUCCAUGUGGGGCGCGGUAUUGUAGUCAAAAGUGUAUGAACAUGCACAAAGAAACACGUUGCCUCAAGUGGAUGUCAUAGCACCUGUUCGUCGUGCUAGCGUCAAGCACUUCCAUUCGAUGGCCUUUGAAUCACUCCGAAAAAAGAAAAAAAAAACAAUCAGAAAAAGAACGCCAAAUAUGCAUGCACAAGUUUUCGCAUUGAAACCAUGCAUUACAAAUUCACACGAGCAAUAUAACAAUGAGAAAAC